AUAAUUAUAUUGUGUAAUGUACUCUGUGGAUUUCAUAAGCAAGAUAAAAAAGAACUGUAUAUCCUGUCUUCUACGUCCUGUGUGUAAUUACGAAUACUAAUUGUGAAAUAAUAAAAUUUUUAUAGAAUGCUGCCUAGGUUGACUAUGCCCAGUUACAAGUUGGUAGGUGCGUGGUUAACAUCAAAUGGUGGUACACAAACAAGAAUGAUGUCUUCUGCAUCGGAAAAGGGUUCAAAUUUCUUUUUCAGACAGCUUUUCGACACGGUGAGCAGCACAUACACUUACAUCCUGGCGGAUAAUAAAACGCUCGAGGCUGUACUCAUCGAUCCGGUGAUUGAACACGCCGAGCGUGAUGCCAAUCUGAUCAACGAGUUGGGAUUCAACUUACUGUUUGCAAUGAAUACCCAUAUGCAUGCGGACCAUGUGACCGGCACUGGUAAACUGAAGUCCUUAUUGCCGGGCACUAAGAGCGUCAUUGGCAAAGCGUCUGGUGCCCAAGCUGACAUACACCUGGUGGAAGGAGACUCGGUGGACUUUGGAUGCCAUCAGUUGUUGGCAGUUGCGACGCCUGGCCACACUAAUGGCUGUUUGACGUAUAUUUGUCACGAUCAGGGUAUAGCGUUCACUGGCGAUACACUUUUGAUACGGGGCUGCGGUCGCACAGAUUUCCAGGAAGGCUCGUCGGAGUCACUCUACAAUUCUGUACAUACAAAGAUAUUCACGCUGCCCGAUAAUUAUAUAUUAUAUCCCGCUCAUGACUACAGGGGGCAAACGGCAACAACAGUUGGGGAGGAGAAGAAAUAUAAUCCACGUUUGACAAAAUCGCUUAAAGAAUUUGUACAUAUAAUGGACACAUUGAACUUGCCUUACCCAAAGAUGAUCGAUAAAGCAAUUCCUGCAAACAAAGUAUGCGGGAUAUAUUAACAACAAUUUAUUACGGUUUGAAAAAAUUAUAUAAAAUCUUUAAAACUAAGCUUCAAUUGUUAGUAUAGAGCAUAUCGAUAACUAUAAGGGAAUAUAAUUUCUGUAACUUUGCACUUCGCAUGA